AUGCAAUAAUCGUGGUGGGUUGUAUUGCUGGUUGCAUACGCCACCGGGAAGUGACAAUUGUCGGGUUCAAUUUUCACGUUUUAUUAUUUAUUUUUAAGUUUAAGUGAGUGUUUUAAUAAUGUUGGACGAGCCGAGCCUUUCCAAUAUCACGGAUCCCAAUUUCGGGCGCCCCCCCGAGUCACAGAACGUGCUUUUGCAACAAUUGGGGCACCCACACGUGUCUAGCUUCAAUUACAUGAUAAAUCAGGGGCUAGACCAGGCGAUUUCUGAUUUGAAUCCGGUUGAGUUUAUGGUAAAUGGGGAUAAAAUCACACUUGAAAUAACCGAUGCUAGUCUCAGUUGCCCCUUGGUGCCGAUGGGCACAGUUGGGGUCAAAAGCCCUAAAGUAUUUCCAUCGGAGUGUAGGCAAAGGGCCGCGACCUACAAAGGGCGGUUUAUUGCCAGGGUUAAUUGGGCGAUUAAUGGGGAGAGACAGACGGCGUUUGAUAAGGAUAUGGGCCAGUUGCCCAUCAUGAUUAAAUCGAAUAAGUGCCACUUGAGCGCCAUGUCCCCCGCAGAGUUGGUCAAACACGGGGAGCAUGAGCAGGAAUGGGGGGGCUAUUUUGUGGUCAAAGGCCACGAGAGACUAGUAAGGAUGUUGCUAAUGACACGUCGGAACUAUCCAAUUGCUAUAAAACGCUCGGGCUGGAAAGCGCGGGGCUCGAUUUUUUCAGACUGUGGUAUUUCCAUGAGGUGUGUCAGGGAGGACCAAACGGCCACUACGAAUGUUUUACAUUUUGUUACGGAUGGAACCGCCAAAUUAAUGUUCAGUUACAAGAAAGUUUUGUACUACACGCCGUUAGUCCUGAUUUUGAAAUGUUUGUGCGAUUAUUGCGACCAGUUUAUUUACCAGAAGUUGAUACAAGGGUACCAGCACGAUUCCUACUACUUGGAUUGCGUCCAAAACAUGUUACGCAACCUCCACAUCGAAAACCUCCACACGCACGAAGACUGCAAAGUCUAUUUAGGCAAAAUGUUCCGCGUGAAAUUUUACGAAUGUCCCGACUGGUUAACCGACUCCGAAAUCGCCGACUUCAUCCUCAAAAAAUGCAUAAUGAUCCACCUCGACAAACCCGAAGACAAAUUCAACAUGUUGGUCUUCAUGUGCCAAAAACUGUUCGUUUUCGUGCAAGACAAGUGCAAACCUGAGGGUGCCGACGCCGUCAUGAUGCAAGAGUUGCUCCUAGGGGGCCACCUCUACUUGCAACUGAUCAAAGAGCGGCUCCAAGGCUGGUUAUUCGGCCUCAAAUCGAACAUUUUGAAACGCAGCAGCACCUUAACCGGCCACUUGUCCCAAACCGAGAUUCUACAAGCGGCCAAACGGUCAGGUGGCUUGGAAAACGCCUUCGAGAUGUUCCUGGCCACUGGGAACAUCACCAGUUCCUCAGGCUUGGGUUUAAUGCAAGACAAGGGCUUGACAAUAGUUGCGGAAAACAUCAAUCGGAUGCGCUACAUGUCGCACUUCAAGGCCGUCCAUCGGGGAGCCUUCUUCCAGGAGAUGCGCACCACGGAGGUGCGCCAGCUGCUCCCGGACGCUUGGGGCUUCAUCUGCCCCGUGCACACCCCCGAUGGGGCCCCCUGCGGCCUGCUGAACCACCUGACCACGAAUUGCUCCGUUACUGAUGUUCCCGAUGCGCGGAAAGUUGAAAAUAUUCCCAUUAUUUUGACGCGCUUGGGAAUGGUGGCUUUGAAAUAUGUGGCAAGUGUUGGGUUUGAUCAGAAUUAUGUGGUGGUGCUUGAUGGCAGGGUUUUGGGGUAUGUGAGGAGGGAUUUGGCCCCAAAGUUGGUCGAACAGUUGCGGUUGUGUAAGAUUAAAGGGGAGGAAGUGCCGAAUACGCUUGAAAUUGUUUUGGUUCCGUUGAUGAAAGUUACAGCACAGUUUCCGGGGCUGUAUUUGUUUACGGGGCCGGCGCGUAUGAUGAGGCCUUUGUUGAAUUUGAAGACGAAGGAAGUGGAGUUUGUGGGGACUUUCGAGCAGGUUUAUAUGGAUAUUUGCGUCUCGCCGGAUGAGUAUUACAAAGGUGUUACGACCCACAUGGAGCUCUCCAAACUGGCCUUCCUCUCAAACCUAGCCCAACUAAUCCCCAUGCCCGACUGCAACCAAUCACCCCGUAACAUGUACCAGUGCCAGAUGGGCAAACAAACAAUGGGCACUCCUUGCCACAACUGGCGUUCCCAAUCCGAAACCAAACUCUACCGCCUCCAAACACCGGCGACUCCCCUUUUCCGACCCGUCCACUACGACAACAUCAACCUUGACGACUUCGCCAUGGGCACAAACGCCAUUGUUGCCGUUAUCAGCUACACUGGCUAUGACAUGGAAGACGCAAUGAUAAUAAACAAAGCCGCGGACGAGCGUGGUUUUGCCCACGGUUCCAUUUACAAAACCGAAUUUGUAACACUUGAACACGAGUCUUCGUAUUUUUGCCGAAACCCGGAAAAACCGGAACUGGCCGAAUUCUUAGACACGGACGGCUUGCCAAUCAUCGGACGCCGAAUGAAAGAUGGGGAUCCCCUGUACUGUUACUACAGUGUGGACGAGUCGGUGUACAAAGUAACCAAGUUUUCGGGGAAAGAGGAGUGUUUUGUCGACAUGGUUAAACUGUGCGCCAGUUUUGAAACGACCAAUCGGACGGCGUGUUUCACGUUCAGAGUCCCGCGUAACCCGAACGUUGGCGAUAAAUUCGCAAGUCGGGCAGGACAAAAGGGCAUUUGUUCGCAAAAGUGGCCCAUGGAGGACUUACCUUUUACGGAGACAGGGCUUGUGCCUGAUAUUGUCUUCAACCCUCAUGGGUUUCCCUCUCGUAUGACCAUCGCUAUGAUGAUUGAGGUCAUGGCUGGGAAAUCGGCAGCGCUUCAUGGGCUAGUACAUGAUGCAACUCCCUUUAAAUUUACAGAAGAAGACACUGCGAUUGAUUAUUUUGGUCGGUUGUUGGAAGCAGGGGGUUAUAAUUAUUACGGGACUGAGACCAUGUAUUCGGGGAUUGAUGGUAGGGAAAUGACAGCGCAAAUAUUUUUCGGGAUCGUUCACUACCAGCGCUUGAGACACAUGGUUUCGGAUAAGUGGCAGGUGCGUUCAACUGGGCCGACCGAUAUUUUGACGAGACAGCCCCUCAAAGGGCGGAAACGAGGAGGGGGUGUGCGAUUUGGAGAGAUGGAACGUGAUUCGUUGAUCAGUCAUGGCGCUUCGUUUUUGUUACAAGAUCGCUUAUUCCACUGUUCCGAUAAAACAACAGCAUUUAUCUGCACCUCUUGUGGCACUCUAUUGGGUCCAGUGACUGUGAUAACCCGAGUGGCUGAAAAAGCGAACCAAUCCACUUGCAAGGAAACUUGUAGGUUGUGUGGCCACGGCCGAGACAUUUCCGAGAUACAAAUCCCUUACAUUUUCAAGUUUUUUGUAACCCAAAUGGCGUCGUGUAACAUAAAUGUAAAAAUGUUAACACAACACGUGUAAUUUUUUUUUUUUGUAAUAAAAGAGAAAAUAAACGAUAAUAAUUUA